AUGACCACGAAGAUCUGCAUGGAAACAUGGUGUUUACACGGUCAAGUUUCCAGAAUUAAAGAAUGUGCCGUUGCAGUUGCCCGUACUCCGGGCGGUCCCCGCGUUAGAAGCGCUUUACACUGUCACCUUGCUCUGUGCACCAGUUCUGGAUCAUGCUCAGUACCGGACGUUUCCCUUGGCUUACGCGACGGGAUGAACUUUAUCGAGCCGGAGGGUCGAAGAGGCGCGGUGACGAAAGCUACUGAGACAUCGUCCGGAAACGAUCGAACAAUUGUUUUUACAACUACAGAGUACAUCACUGCCAGCGGGAAACAAGUUCUAACGCUGCUACACGCUGCAUCCAAUGUUAUACCCUUCCCAUUGCUACAAGAAACGAUCGGCGUUGCGCUGAAGACCAUUGAACUCUGCGAGGACGCAUCGGCGGUUGAAAAGAGGGUUAAGGAGUUGAAAUGUAGAGUCAGCCAUCUCAUCAUCAUCAUCGUGGACCACAUAACGUCCCAAAACGACGUCGAAGACAGCAAGGAGGGCAAUUGUGAAUGCCAUGAAGGCACUCUCAAGACAAUUCACGAUGACUUGAAGACGAUCGGUGGGCAGCACGCAUUGUUAACAGCAAUAUACAAAGACGUGAACAUGAGAAAGCUCGAAAACUGUCUGAAUAGGCUGUCGACUGCCAUGGAGAGAUUCAAGCCACCAAAAGUUGCAUGGAGGCUCGAUCAAUCAGACACAGUCGCCGUUCAGCAACAAAUGCCUCUUAAGCUGGAGAUAUUCCACGGACGCGAAGCCCUUGUUCGAGACAUAUCCAAGCACCUCAUCAAAGAGGAAUAUUCUCGUGUUUGCAUUCUAGGCCCAGGGGGCAUGGGAAAAACCUCAGUUUCCCUCGCAGUCGUCGAAUCACCGCGGAUCAAAGCCCACUUCUUUUCUGAACACCUUUUCUGGGUUCCCUGCAUUGAAGCAACAUCCGCGACCCUCCUCCUUGAGCUCUUAUACACCCAACUCCAAAUACCACGAACAAAGCAAAUGACGCUCUCAAAGGUCAUCUCCCAACUCGAUGCCUCCACACAACCCCGCCUCAUCCUACUUGAUAAUUUUGAGACGCCAUGGAAGGCGCCAGGCGGAGCGCAGAAGCAAGUUGGUGACAUUUUCCGACAGCUAGCAAUGUUGAAGCAUGUCUCCAUCCUCGUCACCAUGCGCGGAAGUCAAGCUCCCUGCGACAAAGCCAUCACUUGGCAGUUGCGAGACAUCCAACCUACCGACGAAGAGGCAUGCAUGCGUAUCUUCCACGACAUCAACCCAGAUUCGGAGAACGACCCAGAUGUCAAAGUGUUGCUGGGCACUCUGGGACACAUGCCUUUCGCUGUCACCCUCAUGGCCAAUCUCGGCAAACAAGGGCAGUCAACGGCGAGGGAGUUGUUGAACGCGUGGUCGAAGUUCGGGCCCGACAUCCUUCCUGGCCAGGAUGAACAGAGCAUGAGCCUCCUUCUCAAAGUUCUCUCAAUACUACCAGCAGGGACGACAAAAGACAACCUCUCCUGGUGGGCGCCUACUCUUGAGGUAUCUAUGAUUCCCUCUGCCAUUCAGCACAAUCGAAUCGAAAAGGAUCUCCGAGCCCAGAUCUUCUCCUCGUGCUGCCAAUACGUCCUAGACAACGCAUGCCGUUACGACGACCCCCGAUUUCGAGUCAAUGCAAAGGAUCUCGCAGCUGAAGACACCAACAUCCAAUCCGUCCUUUUCAGCCGCUCACCCUCCUUCAAUUUUUCUGAAAAGACAAUCGAAGCGUUCCUUGCCCUCGGCUGGCAUUACUGCGACACGACGCCGAACCCAGAGAUUGCCAGCCGUACAGUAGAAGCAGCGAAAGUCUUCGGGGUAGAGAAAUACAUCGCAUCAGCGGUAUGGUGCCUAGGCAGGACGUACUACAACCUCGAUAACAAACACGAUCUCGCCUAUGCCAACUUGCAACAAGCCUACCAGCUUUACAACGCCCUUCCCCCUGAUAAUCUCACUCAACGACUUGGCGGCCAAUGCGGCAUUGACUUGGUCAACUGUGCCCGGCAUGUCGAUGAGCAGAGCAAGAUUGUUUCUUUGGCAAGGGACGUAGAAAGGAGGUGUUCCACCCUCUCCGACAACCUCAUCCAUGCCCGGAGCCUCCUGUUCCUAGGAGUCAUCCUGGACAUGCCCGGGCAGUGGUCAGAGGCACUCCACUCCUUAAGCCAAGCCGAGACCCUCUUGAAAGUCUUGGAGAACGAUGCGAACCUCGCAUAUGCGUACCAAAUCACCGCCCGGGUGCAUUAUCACCAACAUCAGCUCCAAGACGCAUUGGCGGCUGUUGAGGAAGCGUGGAAGUACGCAGAGUUGAGCGACAGCCCAUAUAUCCAAGCAUUCAUUUCCCAGGAAUACGCUCGGAUUCUCUUUAGUGCUGAUAGAGACCGGGAAGCGUGGGCUCGCCUUGAGGUAUCGCUGAUGAUGGCAGCGCAAGUUGGGAAUCGAGGUGAGGUUGCAAAGGCGUUGGAGUAUAUGGGAUAUGGGUACCUUCGUAGAGGGGAUUACGGGAAUGCGUAUGAGGCGUAUGAGGCUGCGGCCAUUGAGUAUUGUAACUCGGGCGAGGCGUGGGUUGAGGAGAGGUGUAGGGAUAAUAUGGCAAGGAUUAAGAGGAAGCGGGAGGAGAAUGAUGUGGUUGUUGGGUUUCGGAGGCCGCACCUGAGUGUCGAAAAGUCGUUGUUUUAUGGCCCUGUUCAAGUGUCUUUUGACUUUUCACGGAAUCAUGGCAACUCUUGGAUUCCAAAUCCUACGCAUAACAAUGACGUUAAGGAGACACUGGCAGAGAAAGCCGAUUUUCAAAACGGCCUCUCGAACAAUCCAUGGUGUUCGCUCGGCUUGGAGCCCUACGUGAAUCUAGUUCUGCAGGCUGUUGCGGAGGUAGAAGCACUAGCAGCAGUGGCAACCGGAAUGUCACUCACGAACUUGACCUCCGUGUCGCGCCGAGCUUGUGUUGCUCGAGUCAACCUCAACAACAUCGUCCGUGUUAUGGGACCUGAAGUUCGAGACGCGCUCGCUGGUGUCGUUGACCACGAGGUUCCCAGAGACGUCGUUGAAGUCUCCACCGCUGACAACGAUGUCUGUUGCUCCUCGGAAGAAAGGCAUGGUAGGAAUUUAUUGAAAGCCGCGAGAGACGAUUCCGAGCAGUGA